GUCUUGACAGUCAGAGGGAAAGGAUGUGCGCGCGCCGUCUCUGGCCUCCGUUACACGCACCAAUCAACUCCUAAUGACUCGGGAUUCGCUUGUCGUGUGUGUACAAAGUGCGUGACGCUUUUCUGGGAUUAUAUCAACAUCUGCGGGUGUGCACAAGCGUCUGUGUGUGGGUUGUGGUGUAAAAUAAUGGUGUGAUUUGUAUUUACAACACAUUUACAAAGUGUUUUGUAAAUGAAAAAAUGUAGUGUCCGAGCUACGAAGAGUUGGGAGUUCUGAAGUCAUCGCGACAUGUUAUAUUGUAAUGUGCGGCUGGGAGUGGAGCUGUGGGAAGUGGGCGAGCCUCUUGCUGGUGAGGAAGGUGACCAUAGUGGUGUUGAGGGGGUAGGGGGCAGCUUGAACCCCCCGGGACAAUCCCAGGGGGGUGCAGGCGUCCCCGGCACUACCCGCAGCAACUCCUCCAGGAGCGACACCUCCUCCUCCGGUGCGUCAUCGUCUUGCUGCUCUUCGUCGGGCGCGCCUCGGCGCCCCUGCCUUCACGCGGCGCUCUCUGAUCCGGGGUACGAGUCUGCACACCUACCUGACGACGACCGAGAAGAUCCUGAUCAGCAGCAGCACUGUCACAGUGGAGGGGGAAUGUCACUACGUGAGCGCUGUGAGGGGCGUGAAGGCUCGCCUUUGCACCAGGGCCUCACACGCUCUCGAUCCUUUGGUGGCCUAUUGACCCAUCGUCGCUCGGGGUCAGGGGCUGGGUCACCUCAGCAGACUGCAGUUAGAGCAGGAUGGGCAGGCCAGGGCGUACUGGGCCAGACAGGAUCCUCACCCAGAGACGUGCGCAGAGUACUUGCUUUGCCUCCACACGUCAAGGUCCCCAAGUCUCCGAGGCCAGAGCGCGCCUCUCAGAUCAGCAGCAGUGUGGCCCGAGGGCUGAGGGAGUGUGUCGAUGCCACCAGACAGGACCUGGAGACCCUACACCAAGCACAGCAAGACUCUCAUUUACACCAAUCACAAGGUCGUUUGUAUGAGGUUGAAAAGCAAAUUAAAGCAGCUGAGCGAUAUCUCAAAAGGAUUGAGUACCAUCUGAGUAAACUGGAGGACUUACAGGAUCAGUAUACUCUUCAUCAGAAGCUGAGAGAUGGGGUCCGAACCAUGGCCUAUGCUUACGCUCUUUCACCAGGCAAAGAAAAGGCCUCUGCCCUAAGUAAUGUAAGGUCAGGCUACAGGGAGUGUACAGAAACUCUUUGUGCUUUGGAAGUGCAAAUUGAGCAGCUCAUUGGUACUUUGACAUUGGAAAUGAAAGGCAUACAAGGAUUUGCCCGGUUGUGUCCUGGGGAUGUGUUUGAGGUGACUCUCAAACAUGGUACCCAGAAGUGGAAGUCUCGAGGCAGAGUCUGCAAGGAUAAUACUCAGAAUUGGGACAACCAAAGAACUGUUAUUAAAGGCCUCAUUGGUGAAAUGUUACUAAUUAAAGCCGUGGAAGUACGUGUCCUGGGCAAGACUGUGGUUAUUGGUAACAAAGUGUGUGAAACUAAGGAUCUUUUCUCGCCACAUCCUCAACUCAUGACUGUCAACCUUAAUCCUUCUGGGUCCCUUAAGCUCAAUAUUGUUAUAACAUGGAACCCUCUUGAUGGUGUUAUUGAGGAUAGUUUGGUGAGAACAGCAAGCAUGUCUGCCACAUCACCAGGCAACAAAAGGAGAACACCUGUUCUUCAUAAUCUCAGCUCAUCUCCACCCCACACUGUUGGUAGUGUUCCCUCUGGCAAGGACAACAGCCUGUCCCCGGAGUGUGAUCACGACAGCAGUUUUGGUAGUAUGUCUGCUCGUAGCUCGACAGCUGAUAGUGCAAGUCCUCUGUCAGAGUAUCGUGGAUUACUAUCAUCACAUGCGGCUCUCUCCACCAGAACAGACAGUAACAGUCCUGUUUCUGACUAUCAAGGACUUUCAAGGAGAACAGAUAGUCAGGAUUCUAUAUUAUUUGAUGGACGAGAUUCUGCCAGUCCACAGUGUGAUAACACUGGAAAUUUUACACUGGUGCGUAAGAAGGAGAGUCGAGUGGAGCAGUGGGCCAGAUACUCUCAAUUCAGCAUCUCACAGGGUUCCAAUCUUGACUUUAUGUCAAGAUCAUACUCUCAUCUAUCGUAUUCAACGGGACUUUCUCCUGCCAUGUCACAAUCACUCUCGCACCAAUUAGACAUGCUUGGUACAGACCCAGAGUCCUUCAGAUGGGGCGACGGACAACACUGGGAGGAGACAAACCCUCCACUUACUCUAAAGAAGGUUGUGAGUCGGCUGCGUACCUGCCUCGAGGAUAUCCAGGGACAGUUUCCCCAGUUGCACACUUUAGAGGAGGCAGUUUUGGACCUGGACGACAUGUGUAGGAACUGCUGCAGUAGAAGAGACAGCAAUGCCUCAGAGAUCAGCCUCUUGGUUGAGUCAGCACUAGAAUGCUUUGAUUUCCUCAGUGCAGAGUAUGAUGAUGAUUUUGAUGAUAAUCCCGAUAACUGCCGCAGUAGAAGAGACAGCAAUACCUCGGAAAUUAGCCUUUCAGUUGAGUCGGCAUUGGAAUGCUUCGAUUUCCUCAACGCAGAAUGUGAUGAUGAUUUUGAUGAUGACAAUCCUGCUGCUUGUGAAGAGAAGAAGAGCAAGGAAGCCGCAGCGGUGCUGGCGGCUUCAACUCUUCCCGACACCACGCAGCCGCUCAUCACCAGCACACCACAGCUUGAUCUUUUCCUCUAUACCCAUCUGAAACAUGCCCUUCAACUCCUGCAGCAUCUUGGGACAUUUGGGCCUCUGAGAAGUAGGGAACGUCAUUCUCUCAAGCUACUGGAGGAAGAGGGACGUCUGGUGGCUGGUAUCCUGGCCCAUAGGCAUAACUUCGACAGUCUAAAGCCUCAGCAUAUAAUUACCGUUCCUCAUGUACAGGUACUGUGGGAUUCGGUUGCUGGUGGCGACGACUGGUGCGUUCCAGGUCUGGCUGUGGUGAAUGGUCUCCUACAAGUGGUGUCAUCGCUGGUAGAUCCAGCUCUUCCAGGCUUAGCAAAAAGAGUGCUGGAAGAAAUAGUACGCACAAUGACCGACAGUGAAGACUACGAUGGAACGCUGAUGGUGACGGUCGGCCAUUUUCUUCAUCAUUUACAUAAACCUCUUCAACAGAUCAUUCCUACAAUAGCUCAUAGUUUGACCACUGCAGAGCUUCUACUUUCUGGAAACCCUGCAAAAGUUGAAGCUGGCCUUCAUCACAUAAAGGAACCCACAGUUCUCCAUAUAAAGGUUAUUGGUCAUUUAUUAGGAGGCCCAUCAGAGUUACGUCACGUCACUACUAGUUUUGUAAAUAGCCUGGCGCACAACAACCAACUUAUGCAUAUGAUUGUUGAACUGUGUCUACUGCUGCUGGAAUCUAAUCGUACAAGUGACCGAGAAGCUGCUUGUAUUUUAUUGGGCGUGUUGGCUCCCAUUGUUCCCGUUAAUACAGAGAAUAAAGCAGAUUCCCAAAAACCAGCACUUGGUAAAAGCUCAAACAAAACAAAGAAACAUUCCACAGCUCAAGAAGGAACACCUGAAUGGCCUAGACCUAUAGAAGUCCUUUCCUACCUUCAACAAAAUGACACUAGUGGAGAAGUUCGGGAAGCUGCUAGACGUUCAUUAUUGAAUCUUGGUGCCGAGGGUCAUACGGCACUACAUCAAGUCCAGCUUUCAUCUCAUGGAUUUCAGGGAGUAGAAAUGAAAGAAAGAACAAAACUGUAGGGGAUAUUGGAAAAAAAAGAAAUUUGAUUAUUGACUGGGGUGGGAUGGCAUGGAAUGUCGUGUAAAUGAAUACAGUACAGUAAUACCAAACUGGAAAUAUUUUAAAAGACCAUUAUUUAUUUACCAAAUUCAAGACAAAAUUUCAGUUUCAUAAUUUUUAAAGCAAAGUAAUUAAACAUUUGAUGUUUUAGUGUAACUUUGCUUAUUUUCUUACUUGAAUUACUUCACCGCAUCAUAGACUGUCUUCAGUGUGCUGUAAUUUACCAAUUCCUGAUAUUAUGGAGGAUGUUAUAAAACAUUGAUUUGCAUAACAGAUCAAUAAAUUGUAGCCAUAUCAGCAAAUAUACACCCAUACCCCUCUCAUCCAGGUUUUAAAAGGAGAGACUCGUGUCUUCACUAAGCAGCGUAUUCUUGGUUCUCUCUCUAGAUAUUGAUAUUGCUGGAUAGUGUUAAACAUACUGGAACUCAUAACAUCAGUUAUGUCUGACAUCAAAAUAAAGUUAAAUAAGUUAUACCCAGAACACACACUUUUAAUGAGAAUCUUACCAUAGAUUAAAGCAGGAUAAAUAAAUAUAGAAAAAAUUCUUAAUUUUGAGUAGUUAAGCUUGAAUGAUGGAGCAAUGGGUGUAUUUAUGCUCAAAGUGCACUUUUAACGCGUGUGCACAUGCUCAACACGCAUGCUUGUGAACACACAUGUUGAACACAUACAUACUACAGAGUACAUGCUUAUGAUUUGCAAGCAUGUGUAGAGUCUCAACAUGUGCUCCCUGGCAUGUGUGUAAUCAACAUAUACAUGUCGGAAAGUGUGUGUGUGUGUGUGCACUCAAUAAUAUCUUCAUACCAGUGAGUUAAUGCACCUCAUCCCAGUACAUAAUCUUCUUGGUGUUAUCAAGGUGUAUCGUGGAUCAUAUACUCCAUGCCAUUUUGUAUAGUGCAUGUGUAAAUCUGGCUAUAUCAUUUAUCAAGUUUUUAUAUGCAAAUUAUAAUUUCAGCCUUGUCUAGUCCUAAAAUGUAUAAAUACAUUUAUCUAAUUUUAAAUACUUUAUUGAACUUGCUUAUGAAGUCUCUGAUCAACUGAAAUUGUCUAUUCAUUACUGAACUUGUGAUACAUAAAGAGACAUGUUAGACUAUUAAAAUUUAUACUUUAAAAAAUUAGAAAAAAAAAAACUUAUAAAAUCUCGCCUUCACCUGAUCUAUGUUUGUGCUUGCCAAGGUGUCCAUAGUUAUAUAUGUUAAACAGCAACCUUUUCUCAUUGUACAUAAUGUAUGUUGAAUAUGUUUGUUCACCUGUAAAUUGCUCCCUUGAAUAUGUGUGGAUAUAAUGUACACAGUCACUUUAUCUCUUAAAAUAAAGAAAUCUAUAA